AUGGCCCUCUCCAAGCUCGCCCUCGCCCUCGCCGUCGCGCCCUCGGCCGCCCUCGUCGCGCCGUCGGCCAAGGUCUCCUCGACGAAGCUCGCCGCGGAGGGCAAGCUCGACGAGAUCCCCGAGGCGGAGAACCGCUUCACGUCCCGCCUCGCCACCCAGGAGGGCUUCUGCCUCGACCUGCCCGGCGCGCUCGCGCCCAUGGGCCAGUGGGACCCGGCCGGCUUCACGUCCCAGGCGUCGGACAACGACAUCCGCCGCUACCGCGAGGCCGAGACCCAGCACGGCCGCGUCGCCAUGCUCGCCGUCCUCGGCUUCCUCGUCGCCGAGUCGUGGCACCCCCUCUUCGCCGACGUGACGGGCCCGGCCAUCGAUCACCUGACCCAGGUCCGCCAGGAGUACCCGGCGUUCUUUGAAAUCGGCGCGCUCGUCAUCGGCGGCCUCGAGGUGAACCGCGCCCUCGUCGGCUGGGCGUUCCCGGACUCGCGCGAGAAGGUGCGCGCGCCGCGUCCUUUGUCAAUUUGACGGCGUCGCGUCGAAAGCGUCGAUGCUUGGAAGCUCACCUGUCUCUCUCAACGCAGGCGGGCGUUCUCAACGAGGACUACUACCCGGGCGACGUCGGCUUCGACCCGCUCGGCCUCAAGCCCACGGACCCGGCCGAGUUCGCCGAGAUGCAGACGAAGGAGCUCCAGAACGGCCGCUUGGCCAUGCUCGCGGCCGCGGGCUUCCUCGCCCAGGAGCUCGUCAACCACAAGCCGAUCCUCGAGACCCUCAAGCUCCUCAUCCUCCUCGACGACUCGGAGAUCUCCAAAAACCUCGGCAUCAACCAGUGCAUAAAUCAAAUGACGCGACGCAUCGCCAUCGACGCGACGCCAGCUCGACGGCGUGGUGGUGUGGGUCUCUCGCGUCUCGUGCACCCGACUCACCGGUUGAUUUGCGCACAGGCAUCAACCUCCCGACGGGCGACAUCCCGACGCUGGAGCUCGAGCUCGAGACCUCGGCGAAGGACACGUUCUUCUAAGCGCGAACACACG